UAAAGUCAGCGCUCCAAGGUAGAGGACGAUCUCGUCCCCAGAAGCGCCAGCACAGGAAUUCUUCCUCAGCCAGUGGGGACCAGGAGUUGGUGUCUCGUAUGAAGAGUCUGGAGCUGGAGAACCAGGGACUGCACAAAGUGGUGGAGGAUCUGAGAGCAGCCUUGUUCAAGCUGGAGAACAGAGUCCGGGUUCUGGAGAGGAGCCCAGCUGUUCCCUGUGCCAAGGCGGUGGCUGUUCAGUCUGCGAAGGAGGAGGAUGACGAUGAGAUGGACCUCUUUGGGAGUGAUGAGGAGGAUGAAGAGGCAGAGAGGCUGAAGGAGGAGAGAAUCGCUGCUUACGCUGCCAAGAAGUCUAAGAAACCAACACUCAUCGCCAAGUCCUCUAUCCUGCUCGAUGUCAAACCUUGGGAUGAUGAGACAGACAUGUCUAAGUUGGAGGAGUGUGUGAGGUCUGUUGUAGCUGAUGGUCUGCUGUGGGGUCAGUCCAAGCUGGUUCCCGUGGGUUACGGCAUAAAGAAGCUCCAGAUCGGGUGUGUUGUCGAGGACGACAAGGUGGGGACAGACCUGCUAGAGGAAGAGAUCACCAAGUUUGAGGACUAUGUCCAGAGUGUCGACGUGGCUGCCUUCAACAAGAUCUAAGCCUCUCCUCCCUCCUCUCCCUCUCUC